GGCGCGGCGGCGACCGGCCGGCCCGCUGGCCCUGGCGAUCUUUAAAUGCUCCCGCACUUGGGCGGCUGGUGCACUUACCUGCCAGCCUGCAGCGAGGGCGCCCGCGCUCUGCACCCUCCAGGACUCCAGUCUCUUGCUUUAGGCGGGAAAUGCUGUUGCUUGAUUGCAACCCGGAGGCGGACAGUCUGCAGCAUCUGCUGGAGGCCGGCGCCUCGGUCAACGCACCCCCGGACCCCUGCGGGCAGGCGCCGGUGCCCCUGGCCGCAGGUGGCGGCCGUGCUUGCCUCCUGCUCUGGCAGCGGCAGAUGGGCGCGGACCUCAACCAGCAGGAUGCUUUUGGAGAAGCUCCACUCCACAAGGCAGCAAAAGUUGGAAGCCUGGAGUGCCUUAGCCUGCUCGUAGCCAGUGACGCCCAAACUGAUUUAUGUAAUAAGAAUGGGCAAACAGCCGAAGAUCUUGCUUGGUCAUAUGGAUUUCCAGAAUGUGCCAAGUUUCUUACAGCAAUUAAGCGUAUGCAAACAAAAAAACCAAGUGAACGAUCCGAUAGAGAUCACUGUGUUCCAGUGACCAGACAGAAACGAAGUUUCGGAAGUGCAGAAAAUACAAGCGGGAAAAGGAAGUGUUGGUAAGUCACUCAUAGUUUCUUCUUUCUUCCUCCUUCAAGGGUCUCUUAUUUGGCACAGAGUUUAUUGUUUCACUUAAAUAUUGGCAGUCUUAUUUCUAGUACGUCUUUUUCAUUCUUAUUAACACAUUUUGAGACUGGUUAUAGAAACUACUAGUAAUUUCUAGAAACCAAAGACUGUCCUCCAUGGUGGAAGGUUGGGAAACCACCUUUUAAAAAGGUCCUUAAUGUUAAUAUGU